CAUCCAGCUACUGAGCGUGAGUAGCGCGAACGACCUGCUAACCUUGUCCAAUAUUUCAUCGUUUCGUGGAUAUCAUUAUUAUAAUUGAAACAUUGAACAGAAAUCAACUGCUAUCUCAUUUAGGGAGAGAUCCCGAAUCGCAAGCGGGAUAGAGUGAGUUCGAAAAGAAGUCGUCAGCUUCAAAGUUUCUAAGAUGAGUCGAGUUGCAGCACUUCUAAUGUGCGUCAAAAUACUAUCUUUUGUGGCAGGUAAGUGUUCAGCAAGAUAUUGAAGUGACUUUUGAAAUUAACUUUAUUGUUCUAAACACUACUGGGAGACGACUUUUGAAAUACGCAAACGCUCCGGGCUAGAGUUGAAUGUCAAUGUUAUGUUAUUGAUCAGAAGCUGACAAGGAUCAGUUACGAAGGUUUUUGUUUAGUUCAAUAUUCACCAUGAAAUUGUUCCAUGCGCGAGGAACAGAGCCUUAGUUACGAGUAAAUUAAGAGAACAACCAGAUCUAGAGUGAAACAUUUUCAUAUUAUUACCAUAUUAUUGUGCAUUUUCGUUGAAUCAUUAAAUAUUUGCGUAUUAAUAUACACACCUAAAAUUUCCACCGAUGAUAGGAAGAGCGCUAUCGGAGCAUUAACUUUUUGAAAUAUAAUCAUUCGAUUAUUUCACUUUUAUCAUGUUCGAGUUGUUCACCAUUGAAAGUCUCACUUAUUUUCCGCUACAAACGAAAAUUUGUGUAAAAAGUCAGUCACGAACAUGAAUUGAUCAGAAAAUUUUGUGUCAGAGUCCCUCUCUAGGGAAAACACACGGAACAACAAAACAAACAUAUUCACAAGCAUGACGCACAAUGAUAAAGCUCACGUCUCCUUUAAUGCAAGAGCAUAAGACAUGUUCGACUUUCCAGUCGUCAAUUUUGGUCUCAUUAACAAUUUGAGGGCGAAAAUAAUUUUGUUCCAAUGCUUUCAACAGCUUAGCUUCACUUCAAGUUGUGCCAUUCGAGCUGUUUGUUCUGUUCUUUGAUUGGAAGGAGUUGUUGAUUGCAUGACUACGCAAUAUUUAAAAGCAGGAUAACGAUUUAACGACUUUAAAUAUUCCUUAACUCUUCAUAACUUAUUUGUAGUUGCACGUUUAUCAGCUCAGUAUUCGACCCAACAACGGAUCGGAAAAAGUUAUUAGAAUUACAAUUCAAAACCUGUAACUUAAUUAAUUUUCGAGCGCUAAUGACUACCUUUUCAAGGUAAAGUUUAUGUUAAUCAUUUUGUAAUAUUAAACGAAUUCAGUGCUUGUUAAACUAAACGGUAUUGAAUUUGUACCACGAAGGAAAUAAGAAUUUGACUCAAAGUUUUUUUUAUUUACAAGUACAAUAAUUUCGAAAAUAUUGUUUCAGUGCCGCAAGUCAUUCUCCUAAACUGUUAAACUUUCAGUUGGACCGCGUUAGGACCAAUAUUGUUUUUUCCAUGUCGGAGGUCUACAUCAUGCUAAUGAAUUUGAUAUUUUCAGGCUGAAAAUAUUUCUAGGGGUUCCACAUUGUUAACACCUUUAUUACAAAUAUUUGGCUCGAAGCAAAGAGGCAUCGCUGUGCAUUUAUACGGGAAGUUUAGAGUUUUAUUGCCGGUGGUAUCUUCAAAACCCAUUGUAGGAUGACACUUGUUUUCGCAGCUCACAACUUGAAUGGCUGAUUGCGUCGUUCGCGUAAAUAAAAUAACGGUUUGUACAAAUUGAAAAUUAAAGAUUGGCAGAGGUCGGGAUAAUGAAUGUAUUUGAACGUAGAGGUUUUUUAAUUAAUAACGAGGGAUCUAACAACAAAAACAUAACAAUUUGCGGGAACGUAACUACAAUGAAUUUGUUUUGUUAUUCUUCAAGAACCCGUUCUGCCUUAAAUUAACACAAUUUUAAUUACAGUUACUGUACUUUCCAAUUUUAAUUUUCCCAUAAUAAGACUAAGAACGCCAAAUAGACCUCAUACAUCUUUUCGCUGAAGAAAGCUCGGAUCCGGCGUUCAAAGAAAACGCAGUUACUUUUAGCAAUUCAUUUAUUCGAGCCGGUGGCAUCUUUUUAAUUUCUCAUGAGGUUUUCAACGCGUGCCUUCUUUGGUGUUCGACUGUGGCAAGUUACCCUUGCAACUUGGAAACAUGUUAUCAACACAACAAAUCUUCCACUAAAAAUGCGACAUCAACUGUUUAGCUUAAAGGUUUAUCUAAAAGUUCUUGUCAAGUUUCAGAUUGUUAUUGCCUUGACUCUCUAUUUUAUUUCAUAAACGCCAGUUCAUGUAUCCGAACAAUCAUCGAAGCGAUAUUCUUGGAAAGAAUAAUCGUGCUGUAGAAGUUUUGCCAGGAUUUUAAGAUUUCGUAGUCAGUUUAGGGGAAACUUAAAUGCUGCUUCGAAAGAUUGUUGAUGAUGAAAUCAAUGCGUCUCAAAAACUCACUGAGCUGCCUGAAAGUCGAUUAAAACUCUGUCAGACUUCAUGGGUGAUGAACUUUAAUUGAUAUGAGCUUCAGGAUAAAAAGAAACGAUUCAUGCGUCAUGCUGCUGCAUAAUUAUGAAAAGCUGCCUCAAGGUUUACCUUGUACAUAAUUAAUGAGUUCGUCGCUUGCGCAAUUCGGAAUGACGAAGCACUUGUAAUUGUUCUCAAAAAGUACAAUGUCUCAUAAUGCCUACGGGCUUAUGUAAUUUUGUUGGUCUUUGCAAAAGGUGACUUGUGUUCAUUCCAAACUGGAUUCGAAAUGAUUUGAAUAUCUGUACAAUUAGUUAUCUUCAACCACCUUUCAUACCUUUAAGCACUCCUUUUGCGUGCAGGUCUUCUUGUCUGUCUAUCUUUCCGCUCCUUUGCCUAUCCAUCUGUCAGAUAGACAAACGGUCUGUCUAUCUUUUUGUCUGUCUGCCCUACUGUCCGUCCGUCCGUCUGACAGUCUGUCUGUUUAUCUGUCUGUCUGUCUGUCUUUCCGUCUGUCUGUUUGUCCGUCUUUCUGUCUGUCUAUCCGUCUGUCCGUCUUCCUAUCUUUCUGUCUGUUUGUCUGUCUGUCCGUCUAUCUGUCUGUCUGUCUGUUUAUCUGUCUAUCCUCUAUCUGUUUGUCUGUCUGUCUGUCCGUCUGUCUCUCUGUCUAUCUGUUUCUCUGUAUGUUUUUUGACUUCAUGUCUUCCCGGCUGUCCGUCACUUGUCUGCCCAAGGUCUUUCGGUCUAUCCACGUGUCUGUAUGUCUUCUGGUCUUUCUAUCUGUUUGUCUCUCCGUCUGUCUGUGCGUUUAUUUUGUCUCUCUAUAUCUGACUGUAUAUCAACUGUCUCAGGGUCUGUCCCUGUCUUUCCCUCUUCUACUUGUCAACUGGUCUGUCUUCCUGUCUGUCAGUCUGUUUGUCUUUCGGGUCUGUUUGUCCAUCUGUGUGUUUAAAUUUGUCUAUCUUCAUCACACAUUCCAUUUCUUUUAUCAUUGAAUGUACUCGAUUUGGUAGGUUCUAUAGGUUCUACGAACUCUUCAUGGGAACAUCUUAUCCGACAGGACCUCCUCAACAAUUACGAUAGGAAAGUCCGCCCAGUGCUAAGAGGCAAAAAGAGCGUGAAAGUUCAAUUUGCUUUAAGAAUCGGCCGACUUGUCAAAGUGGUAAGCAAAGCCUAUAGCUAUAAGGUUCCAAUUAGUUGAAAUUCUGUUUUCUGGGCGUUUUUUUUCUUAAAGAGCCAUAAUAAAAAUUUUAGUAGCAGUCAUUGGCCUGGAAAUGUUCUGUUGUUUUUAUUUAAGUCAAGCAAAUUUGUUGUGGUAAUUAAGGUCGGAAUGAAAUUCAAGAUAUAUCAGGAAGCAACUGGAUUGUCUAGAGAUACAAGAGGGCUCUUUUACAAUCACACUAAGGGUAGGGCCUCCUUCUACCCUCGACCCCCCCCUCCCCUCACUUCCUCGCCCUCUUACCUCUAUCCCACUUCCCCCACCCCUCUCACCUUUCACCCGUAACUCGCUUCGUUACCACCCCUCUCCCUCUUCUUAGCUCAAGAUCGCUUCCAUACUAUGCCCAUUAUUCUGCCCCCCCUUUAACUUUGCCCCCCUUACCUCUCCCCUCUCAUAACCUAUCACUCCGCCCUCCUCGCCUAGCCCCUUAUCCUGGCUUCCUUACCAUGCACUUAGUCUCGUAUCCGGACCUUACACGGCCAAGCCAAGCCACUACCAAAAUUUCAGUUACACGUAGGAUCUGGGUAGGAGAUUACCUCGCUCUCUACCUUACUCCCUCCUCUUCACGCACCAUUUACUUUUUUACCUCGUUCCUCCUUCCACCUUCGCCCCUUUUGCAGUCUCCUCAGUUGGAUCAUCUUUGCAGAGUAAAUUAUAAUUCAGUUUUAUCGUCUAACUAUUUCGUUUCUGGCUCGUCCCAGCCGCUUUUUUUCUGUAACAAAUAUUUCUCCACUGCCUAGUCGAUAUGAUAUUUUAAUGUCCACUUGCUCUAUUUUUCAAACAGGAUAAUCAAGAACAGCUAGUUAUUCUGGACACUUGGGUCAUACAGGUAAGCGUGUCACACAAUCUUAUGAGGUGCUGUCUAGCCUAAAGUGAUAUACCCAACACGAAGGGUGAUUUGGUGGAUUGGUUCUUCACCAAUGUCCAAAUGUGGUUAAUUUAAGCGGCGUAUGAAAUGAUACUGUUAAUUGACGUGCAGAAAAACACGCGGUGCAUCGUGGGUCGAAGUGGUAUUUUAAAGAAGAACAGUGGAUUAUUCCAAGAGAUUACUGUCAAGAGUUUUUUUGGAGGGUCGGGAAACUGAGAAAUUCCGAAACAACUAAGAAAGUACGGUAUCUAAAUGGGGAACCUAUUAUAAGAUGCAGUGAAAGUUUGUUAAUCAGUGAACAGUGAAAAGUCGUCCUGCGUGUUUGUAUUUCCCGAGAAACAAAAUUACCGUUUCAAUCCAUAAAGUGGGUAAGUUUCUAAAGAAACUGUGGUGCUGCGUCGAUGAUGUACUUUUCAAUAUUGGCGUCUCACUUUCUUUGCAGAGAUGGGACAAUGAAUUCUUAACUUGGAAUAUUAGUGAUUACGGAGACGUGGAUCGUGUUCAUUUUGAGCCCAGGGAAAUCUGGGUUCCUGAUAUAGCCCUGUUUAACAAGUAAGAAUAUUGCCUUUCCUUAAUGCGCGUGGCUAGAGUUUUGAAUUGUUAGUUUCCCUAAAAGGAAUGGACAAUCAUAUCCUUGAAUUUUUUAAGAAUUUUUUUUUCUUUGAAAUCUGUCGAUAGAUUAGGGAAUGAUUAGGGUAUUACUUGAUAACGUUUCUGGAAAUAUCCAAUAACACAAAAUUUUAGAAUUUAAAAACAACACAAAAUCUUUACGAACACAAAGCUUGUUCAAGUCUGGGUAUCUUGUUGAUUUGAGCUUUACCAAAAAUGUUGUGCGCUUUAAAUUGCCGUGAAUUACUGGCUUAUUUGAGACACUUUGACACUGAGAGCCUGAAAUCACUCCACUUAGUCAAGGUUUACCGCUGUGUUUGUAAUCUGCCAUUGUCAGUUGGCGGAGUUCGCUUACAGCAUUUAUUUGUCUUUAGCGGUGACGAUGAUAUCAACUUGGCUGGUGGACCUAGCAAGUUUGUCACCGACGUUGCUGUAGAUCAUACAGGAAAGUGUUCUUGGGGUGGACCGGCAACAUUUAAAGUCAGUUGCAGAAUGAAGAUAGACCUGUGGCCAUUUGAUCAACAGGAGUGCCAACUUGCCUUUGGCUCGUUCAGUUAUGGAGAAAACCUUCUGAAGUUAAAUCUGUUUAAGGACCAAAGUAACUUUGCAAGUAAGGAAUUUGACAAGUGCUACCUUUAAGGACGUUCCAAGAGUGUUUAAAAUUGAAAUAACCGACUGGAGAUUUUAUGAACAGAUAGAAACCGUUAAAAGAAGUCUUCAGCUCAAACUAGUUAAUGAAAUGUAUUCUCUGUAGCUUGAUGUAGUGUGUAAUUUAAUGCAAUUUGAUUAGUUUUUGUUUGAAUGUUCUGUCGUGCUGUUUUUACCGUGUUGUGUAGCCUGGUUUAUGGAUUUGAUGUAGUUUGGUGUAGUUAUAUUGAGUAGCUUGUGUAGUUGGUGUAGUUUGGCGUACUUUGGAGUAGUUUGGUGCAAUUUUGGUGUAUUUUGGUGCAGUGUGAUGUAAUCUAGUGGAGUUUAGUGAGAAAAAAAAUCACCAAGCUACAUCAGACUACGUCAAACUAUUUUAACUAUUUAACAAAUAGAUUCCAAGUUGCCGUGCGUCUGUUCAGUAAUAGAUCACAGAUGACGUCAAAAUGUGUUAAGAACUAAAAAGUGGAACACGAGGCGCAGCCGAGUGUGUCAUUGAUGUUCUUACCACAUUUUGACGUCCUUUGGGAUCUAUUACUGAACAGACGCACGGCAACUUGGAAUCUAUUUGUUUUAUAUAAUAAUGACUUUAAAAAAGUUUUAAUGAUGACGUCAUCUAUACGUCGGUCCUCCAAUAGAUCAUAAGUGAGAACCAAUCAGAAUGCGUGCGUAACUGAGCUUAAUAUAUAAAUGGAAAUGGACACCAUUACACCAAAUUGCACCAAACUUCACCGAACUGAUCUACUAGGUUUAACCGGCCAAGCACUUACAUUCUACAGUAACUGUUUUACGAUCAUAUUCAUUAGAGUUUUAUUAUAAUCUCUUUUAGCCCGUUUCGUUGAGAGUGGAGACUGGGAAAUCAAAAAUAUUACGGCCGCGAUAUCAAGCACUGAUCACGGCGACUGCUGCCCGUUUAACUUCAGCGAAGUGGUUUACACCUUAACCAUGGAACGAAAGUCACUGUACUAUAUGUUCUACCUCACUAUUCCUUCUGUUUUACUGACGGUCCUCGCACUAAGCAGCUUCCUAAUCCACGUUGAGAGUGGAGAACGUAUUGGCUUUGUGACAACGGUUCUCCUGGCCAUGACAGUGUUUCUGCUCGUUAUCCCAUCCUUCCUGCCUGUCACUUCGGACGGACUCCCAAUCUUGGGGGUCAAUCUCCAGGUCACUAUGAUCAUCAUAGCGUUAGUGUUGUUCGCCAACAUAUUUGUAGUGAGAGUGUAUUUCAAGGAAGGAACCCCCCCUGGCUGGAUCGAAAGAUUCUGCGACUUCUGCAGCAUCAAGAAGGGGAAACGGGUGAGGAGGAUAAAUGUAUCGCGGCCUAACAGUGGGUCUCCUGUGGCUCGUGGACGAUCCUCGGUAACAGUUAACGGUGUUGAGAUGAUGGAGUCAAAUGACAAGAACCCACCACUAGAUGACAGGAUAGACGAGGAACCAGAGUACACGUGGAAAAGAGUGGCUAAAAGAAUGGAUUACAUGUUUCUUCUGGUUUUCCUUAUCAUUGCGACUGUGGCAUAUAUUGUCACAUUUGUAUCACCGAUGUAGACCUCUAACAAGCCAUCCUAAAAUUGUCACAGUGACAAUAUUCCUUGAUGUGCUGUAAAUCGAAAGUUGAUGCUUGUAUCCUUGAUUUAGUUACAACUGAUCAGAGCGAGCAACUUUCAUUAAAUUGACAUAUAAUAAGAAGCUAGAGUAAAUGACAUAAUGUACCAAUCAAACCUGUAUCAUUAAGACUGCCGUGAUAUUUUCCCACGUGUUAAGUUAACUGUUUGUGCAUGCGUACGAAUCGUGCGUAUAUCUAUUUACUUCAGCAGUACUUUUUGUAGUCGCACAAGACGGAUUCUUCAUAACACAAUAAAAUAAAACGUGCAGAUCGUUUUCCGAUAGAAGGAUAAUAACUAACUGAAAAUGGCAACUAGGAUCCAUUUAGGUCGGCUGUAUUUCCAUCAAGUUAAAAAUCAGAAAUGAAUGCUCGGAUAUGUAACAUAUGUUGUUACGUCGCAUCGCCCACAGCGCAGUCUUUUGAAAUAGCC